CGGGGGAUAAGACAAGCAAAGGAAGUGACGGAGUCUCUCCACUCGUUUGUAAGCCAGCGACAGCAAGGUCUUCUCCCACGUAACAUCUUCUCUAGAGCCGUCAGAGAUUCCUUGUAUCUGGUGAAGAGACUGACAAAUACUAGAGUACUGGAGGGACAUAACGGAUGUGUUAACUCUGUGUCCUGGAAUGAGACUGGGACCAGGCUGAUAUCAGGAUCUGAUGACUGCCACAUCAAUAUCUAUGACAUGGCCACUGGACUGGUACAUACAGUCUGUCAUCUUACACCCUAAAGCAUGUGUAGGGAUGCGUAGCCCUUGGUCACAUGAAUCAACCCACGGUGGACAUGAUUAUACCACUUGCUUUGUGCAUGUAGUACCUCUCUAGCUCUUCAUCAUUUGUUUCUGCACAAAA